AUGAAAAAAAAAGAAAAAGAAAAAGAGAUCGAAUGCCAGCUAUCCUGGGGGAAACUUCGGAGGGAACCAGCUACUAGACGGCUCGAUUGGUCUUUCAUCCCGACCGGUCGUGGAUCGCCAUCUUUCGGGUCCCUGGCCGCUCGCUACGCCAGAGUCGGCCGAGUCGUACUCGGAGAAAAAAUUACCGACCCGGGGCUGACCAUUAUUUCUAUCUAUCUAUCUAUCUAUCUAUCUAUCUAUCUAUCUAUCUAUCUAUCUAUCUAUCUAUCUAUCUCAUUUUCUAACUCUAUCUAUUUAUCUAUCUAUCUAUCUAUCUCAGUUUUUUCAUUCAAUCUUCAUCUAUCUAUCUAUCUAUCUAUCUAUCUAUCUAUCUAUGGAAAACAUCAUAUCUAUCUAUCUAUCUAUCUAUAUCAUCUCAUUUUGUUCAUUAUCUAUCUAUCUAUCUAUCUAUAUAUCUAUCUCAUUUUGUUCAUUAUCUAUCUAUCUAUCUAUCUAUCUAUCUAUCUAUCUAUCUAUCUAUCUCAUUUUAUUCAUAUCUAUCUAUCUAUCUAUCUAUCUAUCUAUCUAUCUAUCUAUCUAUCUAUCUAUCACUUGAAUUUACGGAGGUCUGAUAAGAUCUAUUUCAAUAUAUCGAUAUCUAUCUAUCUAUCUAUCUAUCUAUCUAUCUAUCAAAAUAAAAAUAUAUUUGCUCUUCUUAUUUCAUCUAUCUUUUCAUAUAUGGAUAUUUUUUAUGUAUUUGUUUAUGUAUGA